GUGGCUGCGCGGAGCCAGUGCCGAGCUCCCCUCCGCCGCCGGGACCCGGCAAAACCGCCUCUCUCUCUCCACGCACCGCUCUCCGCCACUGAGCGCCUAUGGGCAUCUGCAACCGGCCAGAGCGUCGCACCACUGGCAGCAGAAGCGGGCGACGGCCGCCACUCCAUUUCAUCGCCCCUUGGGAUCUAUAGCUGGCAGGAAGGAGCGUGUUGCAGACCUUUCCCCACCUCCGUGCAGGAUGAUUUGGAAGUUUGCCUUGUCCGUUUUUCUGACAGCAGCACUGGUUCAAGUAACAGACUCCAGGAAAAACCGUCCUGCAGGCGCCAUUCCCUCCCCUUACAAAGACAGCGGCAGCAACCACUCGGAGCGGAGGCAGCAGCUGAAUAAGGAGGUGCUGGCCUCCAGCCAGGAGGCCCUCGUGGUCACUGAAAGGAAGUACCUGAAGAGUGACUGGUGCAAAACGCAGCCCCUGCGGCAGACUGUCAGUGAGGAGGGCUGCGUGAGCCGCACCAUCAUCAACCGCUUUUGCUAUGGGCAGUGCAACUCCUUCUACAUACCACGGCACGUGAAAAAGGAGGAGGAGUCCUUCCAGUCGUGUGCUUUCUGUAAGCCACACAAGGUCACUUCUUCAACCGUGCAGCUGGAGUGCCCUGAGCUGGACCCACCUUUCCGACUCAAGAAAAUUCAGAAGGUCAAGCAGUGCCGGUGCAUGUCUGUGAAUCUUAAUAACUCAGGCAAACUUUGAAAGCAGACAUGUAAUUACUGCUGCCUCUCCUACUGAGCAGACUGUCCAUUUUAUUGGUUUAUUUCUUCUCCUUUUUGUUUGUUUGCUUUCAGGAGGCAUCUCUCCAGCAAGGAAUGGCUCCUUGUCGCUUGCCUUACUGGAAUAACGCUUUUUAAUGGGCUGUGUUAGGCACAUCGCCAUAAAGUUUAAUUAUAUUUCCAAUAUAAUCUGGCAAUUGAACCUUCUGGAGUGGAGCAGGCUCCCAGAAGCUGGGAUUGAUCAUCUAAGUGACCAGUUGGCUGAAUCCAGCAUUAAAUGUUUCCACUGUGUGGAGUAAAGCCGUUUGCCCUACACUCCAGUCCCCUCCACAAGAUGAGAAAGCCUUCCCCAUGCUUUGGUCCGGAGCUUACUGCUCCCACUUGAAAGUGCUGGGGUGCAUCCCAGUACUGGAGGACACAGAUGAAGGAGAAUAACGAAGAGUAAUGUGUGAAAAGCAAGGGAGACUCUCUGAUCAGGCUCAUCUCCUUGAGACAACUUUAAUUGUGCAAUGACAAAUGGUGCCGGGCUUCUUGUCAGAAUGGCAGAUAAGAAGUGAGGGGGAGAGAGUGAGGCGCUGGGUCAGCCACCAUGACCACAGAGCAGACUGAGGGUGGCUUCUGGUGCUGUUAUGGUUAGAGUAUAUCGAACACGUGGUCUCUGCAGCAGUGUUUAUUUUGUAACUUAGCUAUGGUAAACAGCUGUUUAAAAGUAUUAUAGUAUUUUUCUUGUGGCAGAAUAUGCCAGAGAUUAAAAUUUGUUAAGAGACCCAGUUGCUAGGUCAGCUGACUGGCUUAAAAUGGACAUGGUUCAACUAGGCUUUUGGUAGGUUUUUGUGUAUUACAUAUGUACAUGUUUCUUACUCCAAGGCAGCCAACAUUCAUUUAUAACCUUAUAUUUAUGCCUGCUCAGACUGAGGAAGGUGAGAGGGAAGUAGGAGAGGAGUGGAGAACACUUCAGAGAAUGGUGCUUCCCUUAAGGUAUAAAAGCACUGUCACACAGAAGAUAAAAUUUGGUUGUUGCUGGACUGAAUACAAAAGCUGCAUCAAUGUCAUCAGGUUCUGGGAAUGAUGCCUCUCCCAAGGUUGGAAACCAUGUUAACAUGUUAGUGUUAAAGGAUAUGCUUAUCAGCCAGUGCCGUUGGAAUGGGCCUCAGCUGUAGGAGCAGGGAGAGAGUAAAUUGUAAUUGCCACAGUACUGGUGGUCCAUUCAGUUUUUGAGUCCUACGUAAUCAGUGUUGGUGAACACUUGCAGUUCAUUUUAAAUCAUAUUAUAUUGUUAAUUAGUUGAUGGAGUUUAACAUGUCCUGUAUAUCCUGUUUGUUACAGUUCUGACUGUAUUAGUCCCAACUGCAUUAACCAGCCCUUUCCCCUAAAACAAAGCCCAUGCGUGUUAGGUUGUCUGAAGCUUACAAAUUAAAAAUGACAUGCCAGCUCUCUGAUGCAUGUCUCACAGUUCAGCAUUUGCAUCUAGUGAAACCAGCUUGCUGUGGGAGCUCUUUCCUGCCAGCCUCUUCACAUGCAGCCACCUCAAGGGAUUAAUGUGUUUAACAGUGUUGCCAGCCAGGGAUUCAGUGCCACAGGUCUCUAUUAUGUGAGACAGGCUCCUCUAAGAGGCUUUCAAAACUGAGCUCCACGAGAGCUCACCAAGCGGUUUAUGGGGAUUGGCAUGGGCAGGAUGAGGUUGGUCAGGUUUGUGAGCCCUGUUACGUGAACAACCGUGGCUUUCCUGCUGUGAUCUUUCAGUGUGUCAGAAGUGCACAGGGAGACUCCCCACGCAGGGAUCACUUUCAGACGCUGUGGCUGCCACAUUGCCAGUGUGGUGGCAGCCAUCAAGCGGGCACCAUCCAGCCUCCACUUGGGAGCAUUGAUGAGGGUUGUGUGGGGAGGUGGCAAUAGCCAUUGGCUGCUAAGACUGAAAGUCAGGCCUUUUGGACUAGAGAGAGAAACACACCCUCAUCACCUCAAUUAAGAAAAAAUAUGCAAGAACCUUUAAGCUAUGCCCUGUCUGGGAUUUUCAUCAUUUUUGCAAUAUGACUAUGCUGCAGCUUAAAGCUCCUUCUAGGAGCUGUGUUUAUGUAAAAACUGAGUUGAGCUUGUAAUGGUUAAAACUGUAUUUAAUUCUUGUUUUAUAAAUGAAAACAAAUAAUGAAGAAAUGCUUUAAGUAUAUUGUAAUUAUUUUAUAGGUCUACUAUUAAAUUAUAGAUUAAUUAAUAAAGCUACUUUAGGGUUAUAUGGCAUCCAGGUGUACGGACUUUGCUUCAACAUCUUGUGUCCAGCUGCUCUCUAAUCGAUAUACUCUCUGGCUUCCUUUUGAACCUAUCAGAUACUGGUAAAUGUUGGCUCACCUUGACAGCUUGGGAAAACCUAGCUACUUCUUCCUUUGUUUCCUAUCCCCUUCAGAAGUACCUGUGAGGUAAGAGGGAAGAAUAAAUUACACUAAUCCUAUGUUCAGGGAUUGAUUCUGCAUGCAAAAAAUUAUGGGGUUUUUUUGAUUAGCUGAAGACAACCAAAGCUCCACCACUGGCUGAACUGCUGGCAUCAUUUGUGGUGAGAGAAGUAACUAUUACCUUGACCUAAGUGGUUUCGCUUAAAAUAUAGCUAGAUUCUUAUGCAGCAGGCAUCAAACUACACAUAGGGAGGAGAACAAAAAAGUAUAUGCUAAGAUACAGAUGAUCUUUAAUGGUUGCUAUCAGUAUAUUCACUCUUGAGUGAAUACAGUAUAUGUGUCUCCAAAGGCAGGGUAGUGUUUUGUUUUUAAAAAUUUUUCUUUCCAACCCAGAGAAAAGAUAGUUGCAAAAUAAUCUCGGAGGAAAACUUUGGUGAAGAAAGGAGUUCUCACACCGAGGAAUGAGCCUCCAUGUGACCAGAAGAGAUGCCUGUCACAGUUCUUGAAAGAAACAGGAGCACUUAGACCACGGCUAGCAAGGGAGGGCUGUGCCCUUUUAAUAGCACUGUGUCACCUGCAAGCACCCUUUGUGCUCUUCCUUCCACCUUCUUUUCCACAAAUCCUCUCACAGUUCAAUGAUUUAAUGGUGUUGGAGACUUUUUUUUUUUAAUAGCUGUUGGCUUUGAGACCCCUUAGCUACUUAAGUAGAACUCACAAGUGCCUCUAUCAAGCAGCUGAAAAGGAGCUUGGCCAGACAUCUCCUCCAACAUCUCUCUCAUUUCCACCCAUCUCCUAGCUACUCUUCUGCUUUGCAGGUCGCUUCACUGACCAGCACCCACGUGAACCUCUAUUUGUGGUACAGCCUUCUUGCUGCCCAACUGCUAAACCAGCAUACCAGAGGCAUACUAUCCAAAAAUUCUCCCCUAGAGGAAGCAGUCC